AUGGGUCGAGCAGGAAGAAACAUUCGCGCCGAAGGACGACUAGUCCAGCUUUCUGGGCAGGUGAAACGUGAACCUGUCGAUUCCACUUUAUGUUCAAAAAACUCCGACGGAAAGUCUAGCAAUGAUAACAGCAGCGACGAACUUCAGGAUGGGAAACCAGCCGCCGACAUGAGGCACGGAAAGACAGGUGGUGGUCCGAUUUACGCCCUUGACUUUAUGCAUUUUGAUAGCCUGUUAACUCCAAGGGAGCGGACGUUACGAGGACGUGUCCAGAACAUUGUGAGUCGGUAUGUGGAGCACGCAGUUCUCCCACUUUAUGAAGCGGCAGCUUUUGACAGCGAAUUGGUGGAGAUCUGCAAAAAGUUCGGCCCUGCUGGCCUGCAAAUAAAAGGCUAUGGAUGCCCUGGCUUAACGCACACAGAAGCCAUUCUGAUGGCAGUGGAGAUGGCUCGAGUCGACGCAUCAUUCUCCACAUUUUACCUCGUCCACUGCGGCCUUGCGAUGCAGUCUAUCGCUGUCGCCGGCACCCAGGAGCAGAAGGCCAUGUGGCUCCCUAAGAUGUCACGUCUUGAGUGCAUCGGAAGCUUCGGCCUGACGGAACCCAACCAUGGAAGUGAUGCUACGGGGCUUCGGACCUCGGCAAAGAAAGUGGAAGGAGGAUGGAUUCUGAAUGGACAGAAAAGGUGGAUUGGGAAUGCCACAUUCUCGGACAUCGUGGUUGUCUGGGCGCGAGACGUGCACUCGGAGAAAAUCCUCGGGUUUAUAGUGGAGAAGGACUUUCCUGGCUUUUCGGCGACAAAGAUAGAGAACAAGGUAUCCUUGCGCAUCGUGCAGAACGCUGACAUAGUCUUGAAAGAUUGCUUCGUACCAGAUUCGCACAGACUUCAACACGAGGGUUUCUCCGGCGCGACAGCACAGGUCUUGGAAUCUUCCCGCGCUGUUGUCGCCGCGGAAUGCGUUGGUGUCUUGCUAGGUGCUUACGAUAACGCUCUUAAAUACUGCACUGAGAGAAAGCAGUUUGGCCGAGAACUGGCAACCUUCCAGCUUGUACAAGAACGCCUUAUGCGCGUCCUCGGCAUGUUGCAGGGCGUCCUGCUCUUGGUAUUGCGCCUCGGUCGUCUGAUGGAUGAAGGGAAGCCGCAUAUGAUGGCUCACAUUGCCCUAGCUAAAGCGACGUGCAGUCGUGUGGCUCGAGAAGGCAUUGCUCUUUGCAGGGAAGUACUAGGAGGAAACGGGAUUGUCACAGACUUCGGCGUGGCUAAGUUUCAUGCAGACAUAGAGGCACUUUAUACCUAUGAAGGAACCUACGAUAUCAACAUGCUUAUUGCGGGUCGAGCAGUGACGGGGCGAAGCGCGUUCAAGUAGACUGCAGGUUAUCGUGUUGUGCAACUCGUCUGGAUCACCAAUUCAAGAAGAAGCUUACCCAUGAGUUUUCAUUGAUUUGGAAAGCCUACUGCUGACGGUGAUCAUGUGUUGCACGUUGCUUUAGAGAAAUCAGCGUUCUUUGCAGCUUUGCCAUUCUGAGGUGGGGAAAAGAAGACAAUCAAAGCAAGCGGACAGCUAUUCAGACGAGUAAAGCAAGAUGGAUUCCACAGUUUCAUGCUUGCUGCUGGAUUGGUCUCAUCCCUCCUUUACCCGUCAAUCUGUGGUUCGAUCUCGACAGUACUAUACUAGUGGCGGCAGUGAGACAAGUACAAAUCCUGCAUAGAAUUAUCCAUAAUAUCGUUUACAGCUGCCUUUACGAAACUCUUAAGCCGUCUUCUCUGUUCACCGGCCUUGCUAAGUUAUGUAGUAGACGUGUGCGCCCCUUUCACUAGCUCUAGGGAAGGCUCGGUCACACAGCUGUUGUCAUAUUUUUGUGGCGGAUGGAGUUUCCUGGUGUGCAUGCGCUUCUUUCCUGUUCCUUAAAAUGUGAAAGUAACGAAAUGGAAGCACAUGUUCAGAGCGGAAAUUGGAUGAAUAAAAACUGAAGAGAUGGGCACGUACCAGCGAUUCUGCUAUCGCUGG